GACAUGGCAGCAGCCAGCAGUCUCCUCUCAGAAGAUCAGUUUCGGUGCUGCAUCUGUCUGGAUGUGUUCACUGAUCCGGUCACCGUGCCAUGUGGACACAACUUCUGCAAGAGCUGCAUCACAGAACACUGGAAUAUUAAUGUUCAGUGCCGGUGUCCCAUGUGUAAUAAACUUUUUGACAGGAGACCGGAGUUGUAUAUCAACAUGUUCAUAUCUGAGAUGGCUGCUCAGUUCAGACAGUCAGGUGGAAAGGAAAUGCCCAGCAGCUCAGAGCAACAACGAGCCAGACCAGGAGAGGUUCUCUGUGAUAUCUGCACUGAAACCAAACUGAAGGCCCUGAAGUCCUGCCUAAUGUGUCUGACCUCAUACUGCGAAACUCACCUGGAGCCUCAUCAGAGAAUCACCGGCCUGAAAAAACACAAGCUGAUCGACCCUGUGGAGAACCUGGAAAGCAGGAUGUGUAAGAAGCACGAGAGGCCCCUGGAGCUGUUCUGCAAGACUGACCAGAGGUGUGUGUGUCGGUUCUGCAGCGAGGCAAGUCAUAAGAGGCAUCAUAGUGUUCCUCUGAAAGAUGAAUAUGAAACAAAGAAAGCUGCACUUGGGAAGACAGAGGCUAAAGUUCAGCACAUGAUCCAGGAGAGAAAACGGAAGAUUCGGGAGGUCAAACAUUCAGUGGAGCUCAGCAAGGAAGAUGCGGACAGAACGCUAGCAGACGGUGUGCAGGUCUUCUUUAAUAUGAUGCAGUCUGUCGAGGAAGGCCUGGCUCAGCUCAUAGGCACGAUUGAAGGGAAGCAAAAAACAACAGAGAAUCAGGCCAAAGGCUUCAUCAAAGAGCUGGAGAUGGAAAUCUUCGAGCUGAUGAAGAGACACUCUGAGCUUGAGCAGCUCGCUCGCACUGAGGACCACCUCCACCUCCUCCAAAGCUUCCCAUCCUUGGACACUGCUCUACCCACCAAGGACUGGACAGAGGUCAGAGUUCACUCAUCAUACGAGGGGACUGUGAGGAGAGCUGUAGCUCAGCUGGAGGAGACACUCCGUAAAGAGAUGAAGAAACUGCUCGCGGCUGAACUGAAGACAGCCCAGCAGUAUGCAGUGAAUGUGACUCUCAAUCCAGAAACAGCACAUCCUAAACUCAUCCUGUCUGAUGACGGGAAACGAGCAGCUCAUGGCGACGUGAAACAGAAUCUUCCGGACAACCCAGAGAGAUUUACCUCAUGCUGUGGUGUGUUGGCGAAUCAGAGUUUCUCUUCGGGAAGAUUUUACUAUGAGGUUCAGGUUAAAGAGAAGACUGGCUGGACUUUAGGAGUGGCCAGAGAGUCGACAAACAGGAAGGGAGAAAUUAAAGUUUGCCCCAGGAAUGGAUACUGGACUGUCUGGUUGAGAAAUGGAAAUGUAUAUCACGCUAACACCAGCCCUCCUGUCCGUCUCGCGCUGAAGUCAAAGCCUCAGAAGGUGGGGGUGUUUGUGGAUUAUGAGGAGUGUCUGGUCUGUUUUUAUGAUGUAGAUGCUGAAGAUCAUAUCUACUCCUUUACUGGCUGUAAGUUCAGAGUGAAACUCCAUCCAUACUUCAGUCCAUGUCUCAACGACGGUGGUAGAAACUCUGCCCCUCUGAUUAUCUCGCCUGUCAAUAACACAUAUUUGACUAAUGAGUAG